GGUAAACAAAGAUGGCGGCGGAGCUCCAAGCUUCCUUCAGCUUGUUUGGAUAAUUCAGGCUUUAGAAUGGAGAUGAUCUCCGGGGAGUAGUCGGCACCGGACCGUGUGCAGGAUUCCUGCCGCCUUGCUCCCGCUGUUUUCGGUGUGAAGCAGUGACAUGAGCGGCUGGGCCGGUUUCUCCGAAGCGGAGCUGCGGAGGAUGCAGCUGGAAGACUCAGCCGGACCCCCAGGGGCAGCCCGCGGGCGGAAGCCGGCUCCAGCCAACCGGACCCGGCAGCAGUUACUGCGGGAGAGAGCCCUCCAGCUCACCGCUGAGAGAGCCGGAGGAGCCGGGAGCACUGGGCUUCCCCCGGAGCAGCAACUCACCAAGCCGCCGCCGAGAGAAGAGCCCGCUGCCGUGGCUCCAGCUGCAGCCCCGGCUCCAGCAGGAGCUCCAGGAGGAGGUCCGGCUCCAGCUCCAGGAGGAGGUCCGGCUCCAGCAGGAGCUCCGGCUGUCAGACUAGAAGCGAAGACCGGCGAUGUGAAGCCGGGUGAAAACCAUCUGACUCCGGUUGUGAAAGAGCUGGAGAAACAAGAGGUGGAAAUACGGGAGAAGACGCGUCUGGAGCUUCUGCAGCAGGAACAGAAAGUCAUGGAGGAGGGGAACAAACGCAAGAAAGCUCUGCUGUCCAAAACCAUCGCUGAGAAGUCCAAGCAGACGCAGGCGGAGGCUGUGAAGCUGAAGAGGAUCCAGAAGGAGCUGCAGGCCCUCGAUGACAUGGUGUCCAACGACAUCGGCAUCCUGAGAGAAAAGAUAGAACAAGCCAGCUGGGGCUACAGCGCCGCCAGGAAGCGCUUCGAGAAGGCGGAGGCCGAGUACGUGACGGCCAAACUGGACCUGCACAAGAAGACGGAGGCGAAGGAGCAGAUGACGGAGCACCUCUGUGCCAUCAUCCAGCAGAACGAGCUGCGCAAGGCCCACAAGCUGGAGGAGCUGAUGCAGCAGCUGCACCUUCAGGCUACCGAGGAGGUGCUGGAGAAGCUGAAGGAGGGGGGGGAGGAGGAGGAGAGGAGGAGGAGAAGCUGUGAGGAGAAGCAGGGAAACGGUUCAGUGGCGAACCAGGAGGGAGCAGAACAAUCAGCAGAAGUCUGUAAACCGACAGAGGACGAGAGGGGGGGGGACGUCCAGGGAGACAAAACAAAGACUGAACCACCAGAGACUGAGCAGGACGGUCACACGUUAGAGAACGGCGUCCCCAGCGAGACGCUGGCGUCCUGAUGAUCACAGAGCAGUUUGUCACCUCCUCUGAAACAUCUGGACACGAUCACACCCGCUCCACUGGGAGAUCAAACUGAAACUGAGUGAGAGUCACAGCUGAACUCAGGUCUGCUGAACAGUUUGUCUCCGUCUGGCAUCAAACCUCGAGUCAUCGGUCCCGACUGAAGUGACUUCAUCCAGAUCUGCUCUCUACAAACGGGUUCCACGUCCAGCGGAUCAGCUGCCGUCAGGUUCUGGUCCAGGGUCAGCUUAUGACCUCAUCUGUCACAGUUUCACAAUCAAACCAAGAUGAGCAGUUCUGUCUCAAUCUGACCUGAGAACAGACGUCAAGUAAACUUCAGCUGCUGCAAAAUCCUUCUGUAGGAAAACAGACGAAAUGGGUUUUCAGCAGGAAUUUUCCACACAAGUGUCGAAUGACAACAUUUAAAUAUUAAAAAAAACUCUUCAGCUAACAGAAAUGUCCCUUCAGCUGAUUCUGGAUCAGAACCAACAGUUCUGAGCGUAGUUACCGGAUCUGCACCACGGUCACCACACAGGUGAUAUCAUGGGACCUCGGUAUCAACUUCCUAAAGUUUAAGGUUUAAAGGUUCGACCACUGAGACACUUUAUGAUGAGAGACACAAUGAAGUCCUGCUUCACACAGAGGGGGGUCGAGUCUCAUUAGAGGAAGAGCCGGCGUCUCUUGGUCCAACCAGAACCUACGAGUUCAGACCAGAACCAGAACCUACGAGUUCAGACCAGAACCAGAACUCUCUGAUUCUGUUACUUUGUUAUUUUAAAUCAAUUUACUCAUGAUUCUUUGGAAACAGGUUUUCUCUGAUUUUAAUACAUUGAUUGCAUUUAUUUCAUGAUUUAAAGAGACACAUUUUACUUUAUAUAAAAAAAACAAAAAAAACUCACAAGAUGAAUAUAGAAAAAAAGACUAAAAAGAAUGAGAACACAUCAACAGAAAUAUUACCUGCACAAUGUUAAGAUCACUCGAGGCUGCUUGUGUUUAUCUGAGGACUUUGACUUCUGUUGUCAAAAAGGUUCUUUGUUGAAAGUGAAUCUAUGAAACUCCUGGUGUCUGAAUCCGCAGCAGAACAGAACCUGUGGUUUCACAUCAGACGUGAACGGAUCUCUGCAGAAGACGACAGUUUGUGAUUGUGUCUCUGUGGUGGCAGCUGACCCUGGGUCUGCUCCUCAGAGCCCGGUGUCGUCCUGUCGCUGCAGCAGCGGAGCCUCAGAUCAGUAAGAUGAUAUCUCACACGGAACCAAACACAAAGAUCUGCUUCUGACCAAAGUUUCAUUAGUUUGAAUGUUCGUAGUAAAUGUGGCAAAGAAAAGUUAUUUAAAGCUGCAAUAUUUAAAAGGGGAGAGGGUUUAUUAUACACACUACUGUUUGAUAUUUUACUAAAAUAAACUAAAAGAAGAUC